CAACGCGCCGGCCCCUUUCGCGAGUGUGCUUUACCCCUGCUCCGCCCACUCCGGCCUCUCGCCCCGCCCCCUUCGGUAUUCUUCACCGCCCCGCCGGGCCCACGCCCUUCCCUGGCUCCACCUAAGCCUGGUUUCGGACCUGCCGGUCAGGGGCGUAGCGUAGCUCCCGCAAGUCCCGCCUCGCGGGCCCCCUCCAGGCCCGUAAACCCCGCCCCAUCCCCGUGGAAGUCAUUGCCUUGCUGUCGUCGCUCUUCAGGACGUCACCGCCGCGCGACGCAGAGCCUGCAGGGGAUCAAAGUCUGUGAGCGGCCCCUCCUUGGCCUCAGUUUCCAAGCUGCUCAGUGGGUGUUCGGACAGUUGGGCCUCGGGUCCUACUCGCGUUCGUGGGAGACCGGUCGGGGGUUGCGCGGUUGCGCUGGGCUGCGUGGGUUCGCUCGUCGGGAGCCGGCCCUGUCCGCUGCCUCUGGAGGGUUGGGGCCAGGAAGUCGUAGCAGGUUUCAUACUAAGGCCAGUGACAGACGGCGGCCAAAGGGAGAAUGGCAGCUGUGGGCCGCCUGCUUGGCUUGCUGGGGCAGAACACUGUGAAGGCAGCUGCAUCCAGGCCCUGCUGCCUACACACUUCCACUAGCUGGGCAGACAGUACCAGGGCUGCACUCACUCGCCUGCACCGCCAGGCCUACCCACGACUCUACCCAGUGCUGCUAGUCAAGCAGGAUGGCUCCACCAUUCACAUCCGAUACUGGGAGCCGAGGCAUAUGCUGGCAAUGCCCCUGGAUCUGGACACCCUGUCCCCUGAGGAGCGCCGGGCCAGGUUGCGGAAGCGUGAGACCCAGCUUCAACACAAGAAAGAGGAGGAGCCAGAACUCAUUGAUGACUUUGACACUGAGAGUUACAGACGGUUUUGGACCAGGACCAAGAAGUAAUUGUGGCUUGAAGUUGCUUUAGGGACAUGUGAGGAUAGAGGGGCAUCUCCUUUAAAUAACACAUUUCUGUUAUCACCAGCUCAUGUCAGUGUCUUCCUUUA